ACGAUAAAUUUGGUCGAACGUUCCAGCGAAAUCCUACCAGUUAACCUCCGUCUGAGUUGCAUUGAGGAUGGCCUUGUCCGUCAACCAGCAAGCUCACCCUCAGACACCCCACCUCUUACCCCAUCAAUUGGUACGAGUGCUUUCUCUGCGGGAGUUGCAGGGUCGCGACACCUCUCAGAGCAUUCAACCCUCUCGGCCACUCUUCAUGCUGGUCAGCGCCAAAUCGGCUCUCUUCAGAUGCCGGCACCUGGUGUGACGACAUCGGGGCCAGUGUACGCCAGGGCAUUGAUUCCACUCACAGGACCAAAUUAUGAGAUUGCUGAUGGAGAGGAGGUGAUGGUAAUCAGCAAUUGUGGUGAACAGGAGCAUUUUUGGCGGAUAAAGUCAAAGGCAGGCAUUGUGGAGGUGCCCGCCGUAGCCAUGUGGAUCGGAGGUCCUAAUCUGGAAAGCAUCAAUCAAGCAAUUCAGUAA